AUGAUUUCGUCGUCGUCGUCGUUGUCGUCCUCAUCACUCCUCGACUCUUCACUGAGUAACGGAGAGCUCAUGAUUUUCGAUGGACUAAUCUGCAAUACUAACUAUAACAACUUUAAUAAUAAUAACAACUUUAAUAAUAAUAAUAAUAAUAAUAAUAAUAAUAUAAAUAAUAAAUAUAAUCAUAAUAAGAAUAAUAAGAAUAAUAAUUAUUGUCAUAAUAAGAAUAAUAAUCAUAAUGAUCAUAAUUUCGUAUCAACGUCGGCUAUAAAUGCCAACAUUUCAAGGCAGAAAAGCUCAGAUAACAAAAAUAACAGCAACAACAAUAAUAAUAAUAAUCAUAAUCAUAAUAAUAAUAAUAAUAAUCAUAAUAAUAAUAAUAAUAAUCAUAAUAAUAAUAAUCAUAAUGAUAAUCAUAAUAAUAAUAUUCUCAACUAUAAUUUCCCCAGACUGGAUAGCGAGGAAUCGUUGAACUUAACAUCAGCCGAAUGCGAGUGUUACUACUCAACCGACACUUACGAUUACUGUAACCAGCUGAAUAUUUUCAACAACAACAACAACAAUAGAAACAACAACAAUAAUAACAAUAAUAUUAACAAUAAUAACAACAACAAUAAUAAUAAUAAUCGCAAUAAUAAUAAUAAUAACAAUAACAAGAAACACAAGACUGAUAGGAUUAAAUGUAGGACCAAUGGUAUUGGCCUCGCUGAUAGGGUAUCAUCAUCAACACGUACAUCAACAAAUUAUUCAACUUUGGAAAGUUCGACGGCCGAUGGUGGAUACACGGAUAUGGAGGGGUGCUUCGAUGAGAUGUAUGAUAGUUCGCUCUGCAGCUGCUACAACAUCAACAACAACAUCGUCAACAACAACAACAUCGUCAACAACAACAUCCACGACAACAACAUCAUCAUCUACAACAACAUCAUCAACAACAACAACAUCAUCUACAGCAGCUGCAACAACAGCAGCUGCUCCAGCUUCAACAGCGUCGUCAUCAGCGACAAAGAUUGUUGUAUCACGACCCAAGCACCUAGAAAGAACAUCAUCAUCAACACUGACAUCGGAUUAUCACUUUUCCACGAUUUCAUCCCUCUCCUCAAUAACCUCAUCAACUUCAUCAGCAACUUCCUUCAUAAGCGAUAA